CGACCCCGCUCCAAACCACGUGGUUAACCAAAACAUCAUGGCGGCUGGUUUCAAGACUGCCGAGCCUCUGGAGUAUCACAGGAGCUUUCUGAAAGAAAACUGUCGACCUGAUGGACGGGAGCUGUCUGAAUUCAGAACCACAACACUGAACAUAGGGUCCAUUUCCACAGCAAACGGCUCGGCUCUGGUGAAGCUUGGGAACACCACAAUCAUCUGUGGGAUCAAAGCGGAGCUGGCCAACCCUACAGUGGAGGCACCUGGUAAAGGUUAUAUCGUCCCCAACGUGGACCUGCCGCCCCUGUGCUCGUCUCGGUUCAGGCCGGGCCCGCCCGGAGAGCAGGCCCAGGCCGCCAGCCAGUUCAUCGCGGACGUGAUCGAGAGCUCCGAGUUGAUAAAAGCAGAAGACUUGUGCAUCGAGAGAGGAAAGCUCUGCUGGGUGCUGUACUGUGACAUUAUGUGUCUCGACUACGACGGGAACAUUUUGGAUGCUUGCAUCAUUGCACUGCUGGCUGCCUUAAAGAACACUCAGCUCCCAGAGGUCACCAUUAACAAAGAGACGUGCGCUCCAGAGGUGAAUUCAGAGAAGAGGCGGGGGCUCACCAUUCACAAACAUCCAGUUGGAGCGUCUUUUUGUGUUUUUGAUGACUCCAUACUCAUCGUAGAUCCCACCGCCGAGGAGGAGAGUCUGUCCACCGCUCAGCUCACAGUGGUGACGGACGAGGCCGAUCGGCUCUGCUCUCUGCACAAACCAGGCGGCACGCCGCUUUCGGGGGAGAAGCUGCAGGAGUGCAUCAGCCGGGCGACGACCCGGCAGCGAGAGAUCCAGAAACUCAUCGACAAAGUUAUUUGCAGCGUAAAGACGGAAAAAUAAAGACACUUCGACAAUUUAUCUAAAAGCUGUAUUUUCCACUGUCAAUAUAUAAUCUUUUUUUUUUAACAACAAUAAAACUGCUGACAAAGACCGCUUAAAAAAUUAUUUC